CUAGCCCUUUUGCCGCCACCCGCGAUGACCAUCCUCGUCUUGACCUCCCAGAAUGUACUAUUGCCUAACCAUGAAGAGCCUGUUCCUGCCACGAUCCAGUGGGCCACCGACCAGUUUCAGUUCAUCGACGCAGGAGACUUGUACAUUCUCCCAGGACUCGUCGAUGCCCAUGUACAUCUGAACGAACCCGGCCGGACGGACUGGGAAGGUUUCGCCACCGGAACACAAGCAGCUGCGGCUGGAGGUGUCACCACCGUCGUCGACAUGCCUCUCAACUCCAUCCCUCCCACCACUACGGUGGAAAACCUUGAGACGAAACGGGCAGCCGCGCAGGGCCAAUGUUGGUCCGAUGUCGCCUUUUGGGGUGGGGUCAUCCCCGGGAAUCAGAAGGAUCUCAAGCCCCUUUUGAACGCGGGAGUAAAGGGUUUCAAAUGCUUUUUGAUCAAUAGUGGCGUCGAGGAAUUUCCGCAUGUCCUCGAGCAGGAUCUCACGCUAGCAAUGAAGGAACUGGAG